AUGAAUAACCUUAACAAUUCUUCAAACAACAACAGAGCCGUUUUUUUCAUUGACACUAGUAACCCGAGAAUAAAUCAAGUCAUCUCUACUAGUAGCAGUCAUCCAUUCAUCAAACCACCCUUCCCACCUGUAAUUGAUGCUCGUGAAUUGAUCGUUAAACAAAUCAAUGGUAAAUUGCCUACAAGAUCUCCUAACGCUUUCAUCAUUUAUCGUAAAGUUUUUCUGGAUGCAGCACAAGCUAAUGGAUACAAGUUACCAAUGUCUGUUAUUUCAACAAUGGUUUCCAAAUCUUGGGAAAACGAACCUCAAUAUGUCAAAGAUGAAUAUAAAAAACUUUCCAAGGAAGCAUUCGAUUGUCUCAACGAAAUGAAUCCAAAAUCAAUCAAACCUAAUAAAAGAGAACAUAUGUUGCUAUCUACGACAACAAAUGACUACCAAGCUUCACCAGACAUUGAUAAUUUAUAUGAACAACAAAAUUUUGUAAAUUUAAUUAAUUCAUUCGUUCAACCACCACCAUAUUCAUCCUCAGAAUUCGAAAUAUUUUCAGAUAAUAAUGAUGAUGAUUUUCAACAAUUUAUAAAUAUUUAUGAACAACAACAAUUACAAAAUGAUUUUUUAAAUUGA